UGGUGAAGCAUGAAAUUGAAAAAUCCACGAUAAAGCUAUCUACUGAUCUAAAACAACUUCGUGAAGAAAAUGACACUCUGAAGUCCAGAAUCAUGAUAUUGGAGAAAUCCCAUACUGAUAUGACUGUUAAGCAAGAUCAGCUAGCCCUUGAGGUAAAUCAUAAUGCUCAAUACAGCAGGAAAUCCACAUUACGUGCCGUUGGGAUCGCUGAUGACAAAAAUGAGUCUGUUGAAAAGUGUAUUGACACUCUCUGUAAAACCCUAAAUGAUCACCUGCCUGCAGGAGCUAUGAUUGAACCUGAUCACAUUGAAAUUGCCCACCGUUUGCCUGGAAGAGAUGGGAAGCCACGACAAAUCAUAGCCAAAUUCUUUGACCGACUUGUUAAGGACAAAGUAAUGUCAAACAAGCGCCACCUAAAAGGCACCAAUGUGAGAAUUUACCAUGAUCUCAGUCCGAGAAACAGAGUACUACUGAAAGAUGUCAAGCAGCACAACGAUAUUGAUCAAGCAUGGUACAAUAACAUGAAAGUGUAUGGUAAACUCAAAUCUGGUACAAUCAAAGUAUUCUCAAUCAACGAUAACAUUGACUCUGUCAUUGCCAGGUCUUAAUUACCUUGGUGUGCUUGGACGAUUGCCAUAACUUUCUCGUGAACAUUCCCUCACUCACCACUGUUACCCUUGUUGAUUUAAGUUAUAGAAAACGCUGGUCACCAUGCAGAAAGUAACAUCAGUGUAUAAACUAUCAAUA